CCGCCGCCGAGCGCAGGGGCGCCGCUCCCGCGGAGCGCCGCGGCUGCUCGGGGCGGCGCGCGCGGCGACCUGAACUGCGAGGACCCCAGCAGGGACUACUUCCUGGAGUGGCCCAAGAUCCUCGCCAACGUCGAGAGCCUGCUGGCCGCCUGGGCGCGCGGCGGUGGGGACGUCGAGGGCUCGCUGGUGGCGUUCGUGGAGGACCUCGCGUCCAGGCUCAACAUCGACCGCGCGUGGCCCAUCUUCAAGGCGAUGGGGCGGUCCCAGUGCCCGCUCGGCACCGCCUGCGUCGCCGCCGUGCUGGCGUGGAGGUGCCGCAGCCCGUGGGCGGGCGACCCGCGCGGGCCCAGCACGGAGAGGUUGUUCGACGCCAUGCUGCGGCAGCUCCCGCUGCUGGACCUGCAGCCGGGAGACCCGCCGCGCCCCGCCGCGCCCGCGCGGGCCUCUCCGCAGCUGGGCUGCGACGCCAUGCUCACGCGGCACCUCCAGGAGCUGCUGCGCGCGGUCCCCUUGGCGGACGCGCUGCGCUCGCGCUGGCCGGUCUUCGAACUGCUGAGCGCGCUGCAUACCGAGAACCGCGCGUGGCCACGGGGCUAUCCGUGAGACGGGCGGUA